CGCACCGAACCGCCUCUCUUUUCUUUCUAGAAUCAUCGAGCCAGCCUCCUCGCCGCCGCCGAGGAUGCCGGUGAGGGUGGUCGACACCGCAACCCCUUCCUCCCAGACCUCCUCAGGUCAAGAUGCAAAUGCCGGGCAUCCGUCACCUCCUAGCUGUUCCCUCUUAAGUGCUGGAAGAUGUUUUGCUGGAACCCAGAAUGUCUCUAAUAUACAAAAGGAUGAAGCUUGGAAAGUUAAUGUGCGUAUCCAUGGCUGUGAUCUUGAACAGGGUUAUUUAUGUGGAACAAUGGAAGCACUUAAUGUUCCCUUGGCUGAUACACCCGUGGUAACAUUCUGGGAGGGGGAGAUAGUGGAUGCUAAAAAUUAUACAUUCUUCACUGGCAAGUGGGAGGCAUCCCCAGAGGAUGAUAUUAGACACUGGUCCAAGUUCCCAUCGUUCACGCCUCUUCUGAGUCAGAUUGAGACAGAUGGUGGAAAGUCCUUGGACCUCAGCAAUUAUGCUUACAUAUUCAUGAGAUGGAAAGAGCAGUACUUUGUCAAUGUUGGAGUGGACUGCGGAUUGACCAUAGCUGGUUUCUACUAUGUCUGCUUUUCAUGUAGCGAUGGUUCCAUUAGUGGGUUUUAUUACGAUCCAAACAGCAGUCCAUUUCAGAAGCUUGAACUGAAGUGUACCAAUGAGAAAGAUUCUGGAUUUACCUUUUCGUCCUAUGAGCUGCAGUGACAGGCCUGUUGCCAUUAGAGUGCUUCGAUGUUAAUAUACACAACGUGUGUACUGAACUCAAAUUUCUGAAUGGUGUCCUAUUAAAAGAGCUGAGAUGGCAUGUUUGUAACGGUGGUUUGGAGCAAGACUAAACAAUUAUGUAUUUUAGUCUUUGUAAUAUGAAUAUAAGCUGUCAAACUUUCUAGUUUGAAGUUUGAAUCUACUUGUAUUUCUUUUUGUGCUAAUCAUGGUAUGGUUAUAUCCAAAACAAUAA